AUGACGCUUCAUGGUGUUGGAGACACUGAACCCCAUUGUAACUGUGAAGCUGAGGUUGUCUGCCAGUUGGAAGUAGGUACUCAAAUACUGUGUAUAAACAGUGGCACACAAAACCUAAAACUAGUUCCUCUAAUUCCUGAGUAUCAUGACCAAAAUAAUUAUCUUCAAUUGGUUAUUUUUGCAAUGAGCAGAACAUUUCUCAUAAUCGAGCCAUUUUUGUUUAAGGCCUGUCUUGAUAGAAACCCAGAAGCUUUCUUACCAAAGAUUGGGAAAAGGAAACUAGGAGAUAAACAUAACCAUAACAAAGGAUGUAAUUGCAAGUGCUCAGAAUGCCUCAAGAAUUAUUGUGAGUGUUACCUGGAUAAAAUUAUGUGUUCUCCUAUUUGCAAAUGAAUUGGUUGCAAAAAUCAUGAAGAAAGUCCAGAUGAGCAACCAGCUCUGUGCAUGUCUUGGGAAGAAGUGAAAGCAGCAUGUGCUUGUCUCCUGCUGCAAGCUGAAGAUGCAGAAAAAAAAGGUUACUCCAACUGUGUAGUUGAGCAGAUGAUCAUGGAGGAGUUUGGGAGAUGUUUACCGCAGAUCCUCUGUGCAUAAUUAAAAUCUAAAGGAUUGAAAGUUGAAUAA